AUGACGACCGCGCCCAUGGCUUCCCACCCCGAUGGCGCCGCCCUUACGCCCCCCGACCAGCUCGUCGUCAACCUCCAGGUCGUCUCGCCAUCGGUUGGCGUCAAUCGCCCGCUGCUCUUCCCCGACCUUCCCGCCGCGACCACCAUCAAGGGGUUGAAGAAUCGUAUUAGACAGGCCCUUCCUCUUCGGCCGGCCGACGAAAACCAGCGCCUGAUUCACCGCGGCCGAGCCCUGCUCCGUGAUUCGGAAAGCUUGCUCGAUAUAUUUGGUGCUGAUGCCCUCCGAGAGCCCGACCGACAGACGAUCCACCUCGUCAUUCGAGAAACCACGGACAUGCACACGCCGACCCCCCCGAACGCUGCUGGAGCUUCAACGUCAAGGCCUCGCUCACAGUCUCCUCACGUCGGGCCGGAUGGCUUGCCGAGAAGACAAGUGCAGCAUCCCAUCAUGCCUACACCGCAGCAUCGCAUGCCGUCACCAGCACCGCCAUCAAUUCAUACCUACAACGUCCCGCCGCAUUACACGCACGAACAAGCCGCAGCCUUUCAACAUCAACACCAGAACAUGACGCAUUGGUUGACCCAGAUACAAAGAGACGCCCACCUCCAGCGAGAGGCUAUGUUCAGGGCUCGGGUGAGCCAAAACCAGCGUGGAAGGGCCCAGAUGGGCAUGAGGGGCAUUGGCGACCAGGGCAACCCGAAUGGCAUCGUCGCCGGGCAGGAGCCUACUAGCGGUAGAGCCAGCCCAAGCACUUCUUUGGCUUCUCAGAACGAAGUCACGGCGCGAGGAGCUCAAGAUGAGCAGCAAAUCAUCAGAGCAGCACGGGCCGUCUAUGCCGGACAGCCCUCUGCCGACCCGCAGGGGGUAUUUCGUAGCCCGGAUGACAAUCAGGCCACAAACACCCUGGUCAGCGCCAUGCAUCGCACGGCGUCAGGGACGCCGCUACACAACCGACCGCUUUCCCAGCCCGGCGUCACGACCCCAGUCUUCGGCCCUGGCUCAAGGCUCACCGGCAGCGGCCGGGCCACCCCGGACCAGGACGCAAGAUGGGCAGAGGCAGCACGCGCCUGGGCGUCAGCGAGCGGCACUGGCGCCAACACGGCGUACGGCUCCGGGGGGGCCAACAUUCAGGCGAGCUCGGGCUCUCAGGUUUACAUUCUAAUGUCGCCUGAGGAGCGGCACAUUGCCAACCUCGAGGCCGAGGCGAGGGCCGAAGAGAACCGCCAGCGCGAGGCUGAGGCGGCUGCCGCGGCUGCAGCAGCUGCCGCGACUGACAACGGCGAUGGCCAAGUCGAAUCCGAUGCGGGCGUCUUCACGUCCCUCAUCGAGAAUCUCGGAGUCAAGGACGUCCAGUUCGAAGAACUCCUCACCCUCGACCCAUCCGAACUGGCGACACUUCGGCCGCUCUAUGGAGUCAUAUUCCUCUUUAAAUACCCGACCGAUCGGCCUUACGCGACGCCUGACGGACCGCUCGAUGGCUCGUUUGACCAGAACGCCUCCGAGCAGAUAUUCUUCGCGGCGCAAACGAUUCAGAAUGCUUGCGCCACGCAGGCGCUCCUGAGCGUUCUGAUGAACAAGACCGACGACGUGGACAUCGGGACACAAAUGAAGGACUUUCGCGAGUUCACCAUGGUCUUGCCACCCGAGUUCCGCGGUGAGGCCCUGAGCAACUCGGACCUGAUUCGGGAGGUGCACAACAGCUUCGCGCGGAGCAGCCCCUUUGUCGACGAGACACAAAAGACGGGUGAGGCGGAAGACGCUUUCCACUUCAUCGCCUACACCCCAAUCAACGGAACUCUAUACGAGCUCGACGGACUGCAGCCAUCGCCCAUCUCCCAUGGGCCCUGCACCACCGAGUCAUUCCCCGCCCAGGUCGUCGAAGUCCUGCAAAAGCGGGUAGCUCGUUACGAAGCCACCGAGAUACGCUUCAACCUUUUGGCAAUGUGCCGUGAUUUGCGAAUCCGGGCGCGCGACUUCGGCGACGAGGAGCUGUUGGCGCGAGAAGAACGCAAGCGUCGCGACUGGCAGUUUGAGAAUGCUCUGCGGAGACACAACUUUGUUGGCUUCGCGGGAGAGGUACUCAAGGGCGUGGUGAGGGAGAAGCUCAAGCAGGGCGGUGAUGCGGCCGUGAGCAAGUGGGUAGACGAGAGUUUGGAACGGAGGAAGACGGCUGAGAAGGCCGCAAGGAGAGGUGACCAGGACAUGGAUGUGGAUUGA